AAGUUCCACUAGUUUGGUUGCCAUGUCAAUUCACACGAAUUUUGCGUGACGAUCAACCCGCUACGGAAGCUGAGUGUGUUCAAGCCGAUCACCGGCUUGAUUGGAAGGCAUGCGAUCUGUGUCACAUACCAGCUAGUAGCAUAGCACUCACACAAAUCUCCCGAGAGCUGAAGUUCCUUUUCAGUCAAGCAGAUCCUAUUUUUAAGACGUUAAUCUUAGUUUGGCCACAGUAUAGCCAGAGGAUUGCCUACAGAAACCUAAGUUUGAUACAUCGGAGUGACCAGGAUGGAGUGGCAACCGGAUGAACAAAGUCUCCAACAAGUACUCCAACUUCUCAAGGACUCCCAGUCUCCAGACACAGCAACACAAAGAGCAGUGCAAGAAAAACUGGAGCAACUUAACCAGUUUCCAGAUUUCAACAACUAUCUCAUCUUUGUCCUCACAAGCCUAAAGUCAGAGGAUGAACCCACUCGCUCACUCAGUGGCCUGAUACUGAAAAACAAUGUGAAAGCUCACUACCAGAACUUCCCUCCCAAUGUGGCUGACUUUAUCAAACGGGAAUGUCUCAACAACAUUGGAGACCCUUCUCCACUUAUCAGAGCUACAAUUGGUAUCCUGAUAACAACCAUAGCCUCCAAAGGGGAGCUGCAAACAUGGCCGGAACUGUUGCCGCAGCUUUGCAAUUUACUGAAUUCGGAGGACUACAACACCUGUGAGGGUUCCUUUGGAGCAUUACAAAAGAUCUGUGAAGACUCUUCUGAGUUAUUGGAUAGUGAUGCAUUGAACAGACCACUCAACAUCAUGAUUCCCAAGUUCCUGCAGUUUUUCAAACACUGCAGCCCUAAGAUCAGGUCCCACGCUAUAGCAUGUGUGAACCAGUUCAUCAUUGGUAGAGCUCAGGCUCUGAUGGAUAAUAUUGAUACAUUUAUUGAGAGUCUGUUUGCUCUGGCAGGUGACGAGGACAGCGAAGUGCGGAAAAAUGUGUGCAGGGCUCUGGUCAUGCUGCUGGAAGUUCGCAUUGAUCGCCUCAUCCCACACAUGCACAGCAUCAUCCAGUACAUGCUGCAGCGGACCCAAGACCCAGAUGAGAAUGUGGCUUUGGAGGCCUGUGAAUUUUGGUUGACACUGGCUGAGCAGCCCAUCUGUAAAGAGGCCCUGUCUGGCCACUUGGUUCAACUCAUCCCGAUCUUGGUGAAUGGGAUGAAAUACUCUGAAAUUGAUAUUAUUCUUUUAAAGGGUGAUGUGGAGGAAGAUGAGGCAAUUCCAGACAGUGAACAAGACAUCAAGCCUCGUUUCCAUAAGUCCCGCACUGUCACUCUACAGCAUGAGGGUGGAGAGGGUGAGGAGGGUGAAGACAUUGAUGAUGAUGAGGAUGAUGAUGAUGAUACACUGUCUGAUUGGAACCUACGGAAAUGUUCUGCUGCGGCCUUGGACGUUCUGGCCAAUGUGUUCAGAGAGGAGCUGCUUCCUCAUCUCCUGCCCCUCCUUAAAGGUCUGCUCUUCCACCCUGACUGGGUCAUCAAAGAGUCUGGCAUCCUUGUCCUGGGUGCCAUUGCUGAGGGAUGCAUGCAGGGUAUGGUACCUUACUUGCCUGAACUCAUCCCGCACCUCAUCCAGUGUCUGUGUGACAAGAAGGCCCUGGUUCGUUCCAUCGCAUGCUGGACCCUCAGUCGUUAUGCACACUGGGUGGUCAGCCAGCCCCCGGAUGCUCACCUCAAACCUCUCAUGACUGAGCUCCUCAAACGCAUCCUGGAUGGCAAUAAGAGGGUGCAAGAGGCAGCCUGCAGCGCGUUUGCCACCCUGGAAGAGGAGGCGUGCACAGAGCUCGUACCUUACCUCAGCUUCAUCUUGGACACGCUGGUGUUUGCUUUUGGGAAGUACCAGCAUAAGAACCUACUUAUCCUUUAUGAUGCCAUAGGAACCUUGGCAGACUCUGUGGGACACCAUCUGAACCAGCCUGAGUACAUACAAAAGCUGAUGCCUCCCCUGAUCUCAAAGUGGAAUGAAUUGAAGGAUGAAGAUAAAGAUCUCUUCCCCCUGCUUGAGUGUCUGUCAUCUGUUGCCACGGCUCUGCAGAGUGGCUUCCUCCCCUAUUGUGAGCCUGUCUAUCAGCGUUGUGUAACUCUUGUCCAGAAGACCCUGGCACAAGCAAUGAUGUAUAGUCAGCAGCCUGAUCAGUAUGAAGCACCAGACAAGGACUUCAUGAUUGUGGCCCUGGAUCUUCUCAGCGGCCUGGCUGAGGGACUGGGUGGUCAUGUGGACACACUUGUGGCACGCAGCAACAUUAUGACUCUCCUCUUCCAAUGCAUGCAGGACACAAUGCCUGAAGUAAGACAGAGUUCAUUUGCUCUACUGGGAGACUUGACCAAGGCUUGCUUUCCUCAUGUCAAGCCUUGCAUCGCUGAAUUCAUGCCAAUCCUUGGAACGAAUUUGAACCCGGAGUUCAUCUCCGUCUGCAACAAUGCCACCUGGGCCAUCGGAGAAAUAUGCAUGCAGAUGGGUGUGGAGAUGCAGCCGUACAUUCCAAUGGUUCUUAGCCAGUUGGUUGAAAUCAUUAAUCGACCAAACACUCCCAAGACCCUACUGGAGAACACUGCAAUCACUAUCGGACGACUGGGCUAUGUGUGUCCCCAGGAAGUUGCACCAAUGCUGCCGCAGUUUAUUCGACCAUGGUGUACUUCACUCCGUAACAUUCGAGAUAAUGAAGAGAAAGACUCUGCUUUCCGUGGGAUUUGCAUGAUGAUUGGUGUGAACCCAGGGGGUGUGGUGCAGGACUUCAUCUUCUUCUGCGAUGCAGUUGCCUCCUGGGUAAACCCCAAAGAGGAUCUGAGAGAUAUGUUCUAUAAGAUCCUGCAUGGUUUUAAGGAGCAGGUUGGGGAGGAGAACUGGCAGCAGUUUUCAGAGCAGUUCCCCCCUCUGCUGAAGGACCGACUGGCGGCCUGCUACGGUGUAUAAAGCCUCCACACCCAUCCAACAGGUGAGCCAGCAGGAGGAGGGUGAAUGGGAAACUCAUCCAUCUGUGUAUUGCACUGCCCUGAUCUGGGGGGAGGGAGAGGGACGCUUAUGGCCGCUCCCCCUGAAGGACGGCCCACAUGCCCUUAUGUGUUUGUCCAUAGACGGAGGGUGGGCGGGAGGGUAUGGGAGGGGCGGGGGGGACACCUCUAGAUUAACUAGGCAGGGACCCGACACAGAAGAACUAACUGGUAGGGACAGAGAGUGGGACCGAGAGAUGAGUUGGAAGGGUGGCAACAUAGCGAGUAUCAGGGAGGCAGGGACAGAGACCGGAAUAGAGAAAGUUCAGGGAAUGAGAGGGAGGGACUUCAUUAACAAGGCAGGGAUUAUCAGCCACGGACCUGUCUAUUACCGGGCUGGGAGGACAGGAACAGUGCGAUUUUUAUCAGGGUUCUUAAUCGCAAGAGUAGCUUGACCAAUGGACAGACAAGACAGACUGACCUUUAUCGACAUUUACACUUGCACAUUAUACUGCGCUUGCAGUACUUGGAAUUGACUUGGGGUGGCACGAUACUAUGGACUUUUUACAACCUAUUGCAUGCAGUUAGAGACAGACUGGUGUCUUAACUCUGUUCAUUGUCAGGGUGAUAGCAUACUUUCCGGGGGAAUAGGAUUCAACACUUAUUACAUCAUUUGUUAUCUCCGAAUUCUACAUCGCUGUAAAAUAACCUGACUGUCCGCCAUCAAUGUUUUCUUACUUUCAUUUUGACCACAGUGCUGCUUCACACAACUAUCCAUUAUCGACAUUUAUUGUCACAUUUUCUACCUGAUCUGAAGAGAGAGAAUACCCUCUAUUGUCUCUCUUGUUGCUUCAUAGACACCACUCCUCCGUGAAGGGAGGAUUAGGGCUAACACGUUUAGUUUUCUCGUCAAAGGGGAGGAAAUUAUAGCGAACCAAUCACAUCAUGAGUUGUGUUCAUGAGAAUUAAGUGUGUAUAUAAAUCUACGUGCGUGCAUGUGAUGUUUGUAAACCCUUCAUCCUUCUGUGUCAAAUAGUAAAUUGUGCUUUGUUUUUGAAAUGGUACUGAGCUUAAACUUGACACCCACCGCAAUGUCCUUGGCACCCUUUAACUGUGACUGAGUGUGUGCGCGUGCGUGUAUAUGUGUGUGUAUACACACGUGUGGUCAGUUCUACAUUUGUAUUGAUAUUUCAUUUGCUGCCAUAUUGAUAGUUUAAGCAAAUAUCUAUGAUGUUUUACAUCUAGUCCACUUUUUUUUUGCUGCUACCUAUGUCUUGUUAAUAAGUAAUUACACAAUAACAAAUGCUCAUUUUCAGUUAGUGUUGUUUUUGCACUUUUUAUUUGAUGUUUUUUUGUACAGACUUUUUUUUUAAACCCUACCCAUACACGUUUAUCCUGAUGUCAGUGUUUUGUCAUUCUGCACUGUGAACUUAAGUGUCUUUGACUUGCAAAAAAAAAAAGAAAAAACUAUCCCGAUAUUAAAUGGCAAAUAAAAUCAACUUUGUGAAA